AUGGUUAAUGGUGUGGAAGACAAAGCGUCUUUCAAAGAUAAGCUGCUAGCCUCAAACCCAAUAAACUUUACAAAUUCUCUUACUCUAUCCGAGGAUCCAAUGGAAGAAAUCCUACCAGAAAGGGAAGAGCAGGAGCAUUUAAUCGAGCACAAUUCACGGGGCAUUAAAGAAAUAACACUAACAGACGAAGAAAAACAAAGAAUUUAUGAACCUUGGAAGUUCUCACUUAUAGUCAAGCUAUUUGGCAAAAGAAUCCUACAUCAUUACCUGGAAAAAAAGAUCCAAGAACUAUGGCGACCAACGAAAAACUUCCCUCUUAUUGAUCUAGGGGAUGACUACUACAUCGUAAAGUUUACAAAGAGAGAAAAUAUGGAGAAGGCUUUCACGCAGGGUCCAUGGUUUAUAAACGGUCACUACCUGUCAAUUACCAAAUGGAGGCCAAAUUUUGUAGCAAAUAAAGAAAAGUUAACAGUUUCAGCAGUUUGGAUCCGUCUUCCACAAUUGCCAACUGAGUUUUACGAUGGAAAACUCCUUGAGAAGAUUGGGAAUGCUAUAGGCAGAUUAUUAAAAAUAGAUGUUUGCACCUCCACCGGUCAGAGGCCGAUAUGCUAG